AUGACGGCGCUGGAGAUGCAUCCUGAUGACGACAUUGUACUCAGACAGGAAGUCAGGCACAGACGAGACGUCCUGGACUCCACAGAAAUCCCAGCAGAGCACAUCGACCCCGCUGCCAUCGACCUCACCCCUCUGGUCAAUACUUUAAUAAAUUCAAGCCAAUCGGGCUCCCGUCAGCUCUUCUCCCUCCUCAGCGUGACGUCCUACAGCUCACUGGCUCUGCACAAGCUCACCCUGUUGGUCUACAACAUUUCCAGCAUCAGAAGUCUGGAGAGCGACGUGUUCAGGAGAAGAUUCUGUUACUGCGUCACAAACGACACCAACGAUUUAACUGACUUCACUGCCGUCCUGUUGGAUGUGAUCGGAAACUCAACAAGUUACCUGCACGAGCUUUUUAAAUCUGCCUCCAUUUUGUCGGUGAGUCACAGGAACAACUCGGGCUGUAUUUACAUCUGCGUGAUGGCAGGUAAGACGGGACCAGAGGUUCCAGAGCUCUGGGACGUCGGCUCCAUCUCGCCGCUCUUCAACCAGACGAUCGUUGAAGGACCACACAAAGAUUGGAACCAACCGCCCACGAAUCUGAGUCACAUCUCUCCGUCAGGGAUGAGCUCCGUGUUGACGAGCAGAGUCCACGCCACUGCACACGCCCUGGACUUCCUCAGCUCCUCGGUACAGACCGACUCCUGUCCGACCUGCGACGACCCGAGGGACGACAGGACUGAGCUGGAGAACUACAACACCCAGCAGGCAACCGGAGAAACCAGAGGCUGUCCCUGGAGAAGGCCGGAGCAGAGCGGGGAGUUGACGUCCAGCAGCACGACGACGGUCGGCGCUCACAAGCUGCAGCCCUGCGUCCUCGAGCUCUGCAAGUUCUUCUCGCAGUGUCUCUGCAGAACCGUCAACCACAGGACACGCGUGACAAGGUUCUGUGACGACAGCCACCUCUGGUAUGAGAAACACACGUCUGAGGUGUGUCGGCGCGUCAGGAGACUCUCUUUCUCCAGAAAUCUGAAACAGAGAUGCUUGACAAAGAUGUGCAAUAAACUGUGA